AUGCCCUGGCCUCGGCGUACUCGUCUGGGAAAUGGGCCCCUGCGCAACGCUCUCCUGACCCCUGUCCCGCGAGAGAGCCCAAAAUUUGCACACACGCGCCAGGGAGUUCAACGGGACCGCGCCCACAGCGACAACCCAACGGUCGAGAAGGGGCUGCUGGGAGUGCCACACCCCAGCCCCUUCCAGAGGCCCCACCCGGAAGCAGGGGAGGGGCUCACGGUGCGCACCCUCCUGCAGCUGCCCGGGAGACAGACCUUCUCAUUGGCUGGUGCUCGCUCAGUGCGAGAUCCGGCGCAGUGCGCCUUCUGGAGCUCGGGUUCAGACAUGGCCUCUCCGGCCAGCGCGGACAGUGUUCGCAGGAAGCCCCGCCUGGCAGCGUCGUUGCAGAUCAGUCCCGGGCCCAUCCCUUGGCGGCCCUCGAGUAGUCUGGGCCAAGAUCCCUUGAAGCCCGCACCCAGCCCCAGCGUGAAGGAGGACGAUGAGGGUGGCAGGCAGCCCCAGGCUUCAGCGGCAGAGGAUGGUGGGCUGGGACUGGGGGCGGAGUGGGGGCAGGGCAGCCUGGGCAGGAGCUUUGGGGGACGGAUGGGGACGUCCCCAAGGGUCUCUGUUUCUCCCGCAGGGGCAGCCGGGGAUUUCCUGAAGGCAGCCGGGCACCUGAGCCUGCAGCUCAAAAACCCACCCCCAGGCAAGGCCGUGGACUUGCUCACGCAGUAUGCAGCCAGCCUGGGUGUCUCGCUGAUAUUCCGAGAGAAUAAAACGGCAGGUCCUGACAUCCCCUUCUCUGUGAGUGUAGAGCUGGAUGGAGUGGUCUGUUCUUUGGGCACUGCCAACAGCAAGUCAGAGGCCAAGCAGCAGGCGGCUCUGUCUGCCCUCCACUACAUCAGGACUCAGCUAGAGGGCCCAGAGCCCCCCAAGACUCCUGGCAGGUCUCCACUCAUCCCCCUGAGCGUAGAGAGCAUCGUGACCCACGAGCAACGCUGUGCGGCAGUGGUCAGUGCUGGCUUUGACCGCCUAGUGGACAAGAGCUCGCCGUACUGGGCCUGCAAGGAAACCGUGGCAGCGGUUAUCCUGGAGAGGGAGGUCCCAGGCGCCAGGGACCAUGCCAAGGAGAUCUAUGAGCUAGUGGCACUGGGCACGGGCAGUGGUUGCUGUGCUGGCUGGCUGGAGUUCUCAGGUCGGCAGCUGCACGACUGCCAUGGGCUAGUGGUUGCCCGGCGAGCCCUGCUGAGGUUUCUGUUCCGGCAGCUUCUGCUGGUAGCACAGGGCGGGCCCAGGGGCAAGGAACGGUCAGUUCUGGCCCCCCAGCCUGGGCCUGGGCCCCCCUUCACCCUCAAGCCUGGGAUCUUCCUGCAUCUCUAUGUCAGCAACACCCCCAAGGGAGCGGCCCAUGACAUCUAUGUCCCCUCAUCCUCAGAAGGCAGUUUCCUGCACAGCCCCCCCUUCCGCCUACAGGCCCACAUCCGCGGGGAGCUGAAGCCCGUGUGCUAUGUGGCUCCUGCACUCCGUGACACCCACGUGGGCUGCCUCUCAGCCAGUGACAAGCUGGCCCGCUGGGCUGUGCUGGGGCUGGGGGGUGCCCUGCUGGCCCACUUCCUGCCACCACUGUAUGCCACCAGCCUCGUUCUGGCGGACCCCUGUCAUGACCCCCCCACUCUGAGCAGGGUCAUCCAUGCCCGACCCCGCCUGGAUGGGGCUGAGGGGCCGUGCCUGCCACCUCCCUACGUCCGUGCCACCCUGCACCUAUUUGCAGGACCCCCGGUGGUCCCCUCAAACCCCACCCCCAGCACCUGCCACGGACUGAGCAUCAACUGGAGCCUGGGGGACCCUGGCAUCGAAGUUGUGGAUGUGGCCACCGGGCGGGUGAAGGCAGAAGGGACCCUUGGGCCUCCCUCCCGCCUCUGCAAGGCUGCCUUCCUCCAGGCCUUCCGCCAGACCGCCCAUGCCCUGGACAAGCCCCACCUCUUGGCCUUGCAGACCUAUGAGGCGGCCAAGGCUGGGCCCUACCAGGAGGCGCGCCAGCAGCUCUCUGUCCUUCUGGACCAGCAGGGCCUAGGGGCUUGGCCCUCGAAGGCACUGGUGGGCAAAUUCAGAAACUGA